AUGAUCAAGUCGGCGAAAGCUUCCACUUCUCUCUUCUCCUUCCCUCCCGCCGACGCCAUGGCCGACCCUGCGGUCAAGCGACUGCUCAUCGCGAACCGGGGUGAGAUUGCGAGCCGGAUCCUGAAGACGGCGGCGAGGCUCGGGUACUUUACCAUUUCCAUCUACACCUCGACCGACGUCUCGAGUCCUCACGCCACCGACUCCCAUCUCGCUCUUCCCGUCUCCUCCUACACCGAUAUUGGCGAGAUUGUUGGCCUCAUCCGCGAGCAUCGCGUCCGCUUCGUCAUCCCGGGAUAUGGAUUCCUGUCCGAGAAUGAGCACUUUGCCGCCGCCGUCGAGGAGGCCGGCGCCGUCUUCGUCGGCCCGACUCCCGACCUCAUCUCGACCUUUGGCAUCAAGGACCGCGCUCGCAACCUGGCCGCGAGCGUUGGCGUGCCGACCUGUCCAGGCUCGGGCCUCGUCGCCUCCGAUGAGGAAGCCGUCCGUGCGGCCGAGAAGAUUGGGUACCCCGUGCGGCUCCACGCCCUCUCCCUCGCACGCGCUCGACGCGCUGACGGAUGUCUAGAUCAUGGGCUGCAAAUAUGCGAGGACGAAAGCCAAGUGCGCGCAUCCUUCUCCAGCGUCGUCAGCCGCGGCACCGCCCUCUUCUCCAAUCCCGGCGUCUUCCUUGAGCGGUACUAUCCCCUGUCAAGGCACGUCGAGGUCCAAAUCUUUGGCGACGGCCGAGGCGAUUGCGUUGCCUUCGGCGAGCGCGAGUGCUCCAUCCAGCGGAGGCAUCAAAAAGUCAUCGAGGAGUCGCCGAGUCCCUUCGUGGAAUGCCGGCCGGAGCUGAGGAAGCGGCUCAUCGACGUCUCCGAGAUGCUCGGUCGCACCAUCGGCUACCGAUCGGCCGGCACCAUCGAGUAUCUCGUCGACGACGCCACCGCCGACUUUUUCUUCCUCGAGAUGAACACCCGCCUGCAGGUCGAGCACGGCAUCACCGAGCUGCGCUUCGGCAUCGAUCUUGUCGAGCUCAUGCUCGGCCAGGCCGAGCAGCCUCUGGACCUCGCCGCCUUCAAGUCGCUCGCUCCCCGGGGUCACGCCAUCGAAGCUCGCGUCUAUGCCGAGAACCCGUUGAAGAACCACAUGCCAAGCCCCGGUCAGCUGCAGCACGUCGAGUUUGCCGCCGGCCCGGGCGUCAGGGUCGAUACCUGGGUGCGGACCGGGACGAACGUCUCUCUCGCCUACGACCCCCUCCUGGCCAAGAUCAUGGCCUACGCACCGGACAGGGUUGCCGCCACCGCCACGUUGCACCGGGCGCUCGAGGCCAGCCGCCUGCAAGGCAUCGUCACCAAUGCCGACUUUCUGCGUGCCAUCCUCGAAGCGGACCCGUUCGUCCGGGGCGAAACGACGACCAGCUUCUUGUCCAACUUCGCCUACACCCCCCGGGCCAUGGAAUUCAUCUCGCCCGGCAGCUACACGACCGUCCAGGACCUCCCUGGCCGCGUCGGCAUCGGCUUCGGGAUACCCGAAGGCGGCCCGAUGGAUAAGUUGCACGCCCAGAUUGCCAACUGCAUCGUCGGCAACGACCUUGGCUGUGAGCUGCUCGAAAUCACGUUCGCCGGGCCUACGAUCAAGUUCCAUCAAAGAGCAAUCAUCGCCAUGGCGGGAGCCGUCGCCGACGUGCACCUUGACGGAACCCCCGUAUCGAUGAAUGCCCGCGUCGAGGCUCCCGCGGGCUCCGUGCUGGUCAUGGGCCGGCUUGCCGGGGGAUGCCGGACCUAUCUCGCCGUCCACGGCGGCUUCCCCCGCGUUCCCGUGUAUCUCGGCUCCAAGUCGACCUGCCCCGUCGUCGAGAUUGGUGGACACCAGGGGCGCCAGCUCGUCGCCGGCGACAUGCUAGACCUGAGCGAGGCCGGCGAGUUUGUGCCGUUCACGUUGCCGACGUCGUUGAUCCCCGUCUGGGACCCGACAGCCAUCCACUGCUUGUCCGGGCCGCACGACUCGCCCGACAUCAUGACCGCGGCCGAUGUGGAGGCCAUCUACUCGAGCGAAUGGACCAUCUCGCACCAGGCUUCGCGUGUCGGCGUUCGUCUUCACGGGCCGCAGCCUCAAUGGGCUCGACGCACGGGUGGUGAGGGCGGUUCCCACCCGAGCAACUACCUCGACUAUCCGUAUUCCAUGGGCGCCCUGAACUGGACCGGUGACACGUCGGUCCUCUUUCCUGCCGAUGCUCCCUCGUUGGGAGGCUUCAUCACCUCCCACGUCGUUCCCCGCGCCGAGCUGUUCAAGGUCGGUCAGUUGAAACCGGGCGACAAGUUCCGCUUCCGCCCGACAACCGUGGAGGCGGCCAUGGAGUUGCGCAAGAGACAGCUGGAAUUUCUCGAGGCCCUAUCGCAGCUUGCAUCGAAUGGCUCGCCGUCGGUCGCGCCGCUCUGCCUGACGCCUCCGGGCCGAGAAGCGGGCCAUGUCUCGACGGCCAUCAUCGACAGAUUCGAGGAGGCAACGAUACGGCAGGCGGGAGAUUCGUACAUCUUGGUGGAGCUGCUGCAGUCUCUGCAGCUCGACGUCCGCUGCAGAGUUCAGGCCGUGGCGGAGGCCUUGGACGCUGCCAAGAUUCAUGGUGUGCAGCUUUCGACGCCCAUCGGGUGCAGUUUGCUCGUCGAGUACGACGGCUUCAAGAUUUCGCAGCGUGACUUGGUCGACAAGAUCAAAGCCGUCUUGGCCGCGCAGCUGGGGUCUGGGACCUCGGCCAGGAAACUCGCGAGUCGACACAUCCGGCUGCCCAUGGUGUUUGAUGACAAGGUCAACAAGGCAUCGGUGGAAAGGUACAUGGCGACGCAGCGACCGUACGCGACCUAUCUGCCGGAUCCGGUCGAGUUUAUCGCUCGUUCCAACGGCCUGUCAUCCAAGCAGGAGAUUUUAGACCGCGUCUUGAGCACCAGGAUCCUCGUCGUGGGCGUCGGCUUCUGGAGCGGCACGCCCAUCGGCAUCCCCCUGGACCCCCGCGCUCGACUCGUGGUGCCCAAAUUCAACCCUUCGAGGACCUUUUCUCCGGCGGGCGGUCUCGGUAUUGGCGGUUGCUUCUUUUCCUGCGACCCCGUGGAUGCCCCGGGAGGCUACGUGAACUUUGGCCGCACGCUGCCUGGAUGGGACAAGUUCUGCGUCAACAAAUGCUUCGGCAAUCGCCCCUGGCUCUUCGACAACUUUGACCAACUGAGUUUCUACGUCGUCGACGAAGACGAGUUCGAGAGCAUCUAUAGCCGCUUCCAGGCCGGCAAGUACGAGCUCGAAAUCGAGCACACCGAGUUUGACGUCGACGAAUACUCCAACUUUUGCGAGAGCGUUGCCGAGGAGGCGGCCGUCUUCAAGGCGAGACAAGAGGCAGCCACGGCGAUCGAGGUCGAAGCGGAGAGAAGCUUGUUUGCACAAUGGCAGGAGGAGCAAAAGAGCGAAAAAGACACGGUUCCUUCCCUCGACGAUAUCGAUGACUCGUUCAAGAUACAGGCCAGCAUGCAUGCUAGCAUUUACAAGAUCAAGGCCCAGAAGGGAGAUGUGAUCAAAGCAGGCGACAUAAUGGUCAUCCUCGAAGCGAUGAAGAUGGAGGUCAACGUGGCGGCCUCGACAACACAAACAGGAAUGAUGAUCCAGAGCAUCGUCGUGGCGUUGGGCGACAUCGUCAAGCCUGGCGACACCCUAAUGGUUCUCUCGCCGUCCUCGGAGCCUUCAGCUUAA